AGAAGACGCGGGCGACUGGGGCUCAUGGCUGGGUUGGUGCGCGCUCCGGGGGGCCAACUUUGGCGUCUCCUUCCUCUUGGACUCUGGCUCCGGAGCCCAGCGGAGAGGACUGCGAAGGUGUUGCUGGGGCAGUUCUGUGCGCGGCAGGAAGUGGGGCGGCGGGUCUCGGGGAGCCCCAGCGCGUGCCGCGGAAGCCGGCCCUUCAGCACGGGGCUGCCGCCACCCCCGAAGUCAUCAGGACCCGAGCCUAAGGGUCACAGAGACCCCACGAACCCCUCGAAGCCUGGGCCUGUUUCCUGGAAAUCUUUAGCAAUUACAUUUGCUAUUGGAGGGGCUUUACUGGCUGGAAUGAAGUACUUCAAGAAGGAAAAGACAGAAAAGCUGGAGAAGGAACGGCAUCGAAGCAUUGGGAAGCCUUUACUUGGGGGACCAUUUUCCCUAACAACCCAUACUGGAGAGCCCAAAACUAACAAGGACUACCUGGGCGAGUGGGUAUUGAUUUAUUUUGGUUUCACGCAUUGUCCUGAUAUCUGUCCAGAAGAACUGGAAAAAAUGAUUCAAGUGGUGGAUGAAAUAGAUAGUAUUCCAACUCUCCCAAAUUUAACUCCGCUUUUCAUCACCAUUGAUCCAGAAAGGGACACAAAAGAAGCCAUUGCAAGUUAUGUGAAAGAAUUUUCUCCCAAGCUGGUUGGCUUGACUGGCACA